UUGUUCAGUUAUUGCGGAUUGUUCGUGGUGUUCAGAUGGAGAAAAUGCGCCCAUAUGAAAUGCAAGGAAUGCUCGUACGCAUUGCCAUCGCGGGCCUCUCGUUGACCGUCUCCAUUGUCAUCCUGUUGCUGUUCCCCACCUGGGAGCAGCCCCGCGAGUCCUGGGAGAUCUCUGUGUGGUAUUACGUCUGCCUGCUGCAGGCGAUCGGCGGAGUGCUCCUCGUCGUGGGCUCCCUGAAGGCUAAUCAUUGGCUGUUCCUGCCCUGGGUGGUGGCGGCUAUCGUAUUUAUCUACACUCUGCUCUACAAAACCGUGAACUACUAUUGCUAUCUGCAGGGAAAACUGCUGGUUGUGGUAAUCCCCCUUUUUUACAUCAUUGCGGGUUUUUGGCUCUACUUUCUGUGCGAUGUCUUCCAGGACUUUCUCGACUUGCAUCGCAAAUCCUCUCCGCAGAUCCUCAGUCACGACCCAAAUAGUCCUCUUGCUGUUUUAGAUUCACAUUCUCCUUGACGGCAUUAAAGUGCACUCUGCUACCACGUGAAAUGCAAUUGAGCUGAGCGUAAAGGCAAAUAAGUGGGAAAAUUGCGGCGUGAGUGUUUCUGUGUGAGUGUUUGUGAGUGUUUGUUGGUGUGUGGGUAGCCAAAAGUAAAAUAAGCGUUAAAAUGUCUGUCUAACGCAGUGGAACCCCAAACGGUGGGGUUUACGGCUGGUCUGGGCUUGAGCUCUGUGGUAUCGCUGCAUGCGUAUUGCAUUACCAGACCGGCACCCUCCACAACACACAACACACAACACACACUACCCUUCUGGCCUCCCUACCCACCCGAGAGACGACACAAAGUGGCAUAUGAAUAGAUACAUGUUUUUGUUGCCUGUUUUGUUUGUCUCCCCAUACAUCCGGGUCGCCCGUUCACCCGCCUGUCCGUGGGUUGGUUCUCGUAAUCCAACAAGCAGACAGGUUAAAUACACCGCAAGGACACACAGAUACAGAGACGGAGACAGGGAGAAAGUAAGGCAGGCAGAGCAAGAGAGGCUGCUGCAAAAAAGUGCGACAAAGAUGGGGGGAACAGGCGCUGGGACUCGGAGUCGCGUAGCGCAGAGACGCAUCCAAACAAACAAUAAUCAUGCAACAAUAGUGAGAGCCGCAAACAAAUUGCUUUUCUAUGUAUGCUCAUGUACGCCCAACCACACAGAAUCAAAAGCCACAUGGGCGUAGCCCUGACACCUACAAAAGGGGCUGUGCGGCGACUGCGGCGGCUUGACUGGCAAUUAGAAUUGAGAGCAAAAACUUUGCUGCAUCUCAUGCCUGCCCCCGAAACCAUCAACACAAUUACCACCACCCCUAGUGGUACAGUCUGCGAUGAGCUUUUGUUGUCUGCAAAGUUUGCCUUUGACACGGGGUGGCUACACCCAUCACCCUACCCCCAUCAGGCAUGAUGCCCUCAGUGUCCACCUGGGAUGGCUGGAAAAUGGAAUCCAUUCAUUCAAAUCUAUGCGAGUGUCGGUGUCUGCGCUGCUUGUUCAACAAAAUUGAAAAUUAACUAUAAAUUCUAUGUGGCAAAACAUGCAAACAUGUUUGCGGAAAUACCCAACAGACCCGGGAAUCUGAGGCGGAGGUCGGGCCUGCCCCCAGAGCGGUGCGGGGAGGCAACCCUGAUGAGGUGUCAACCGAGGCAAACACCUUGAUGACAUCGAACACCCCUCAUAGCACCAUGGCACAAAGCGAUUCAUUGUUGCGAAAUU